AUGGCAAUGGCGAAGGGGGGCAUGGGUUUGCUGGUAUGCUCAUUCCUGGCCGCCAUGGCGACCGCGAGUGGCGAUGAGGCCGCGUUGCUUGCUUUCAAAGCGGAGGUCAGCGACGCCGGCGGCUCGCUGGCCUCCUGGAACAGCAGCGCCGGUUUCUGCGGCUGGGAAGGCGUGACGUGCAGCCGCCGGAGGCCGGCGCGGGUGGUUGCGCUCAGACUGGACGGCGCCGGGCUCGCCGGAGCGCUCUCCCCGGCCAUCGGGAACCUCACGUUCCUGCGGACGCUCAACCUGAGCUCCAACUCGCUCCGCGGUGGCAUCCCGGCGAGCCUCGGCCGCCUCCGCCGCCUGCAGAGGCUCCACUUGGACGGCAACUCCUUCUCCGGCACGUUCCCGGUGAACCUGAGCUCCUGCGUCAGCAUGACCGAGGUGGUGCUGGACAACAACAAGCUUGGCGGGCGCAUCCCGCCUGAGCUCGGGCAGAAGCUGGCGUCUCUGGCAGUGAUCUCGCUGAGCAGCAACAUGUUCACGGGCCCUGUUCCUGCGUCACUGGCCAAUCUGUCCCAUCUAUGGUACCUUGAUCUAGGCAGCAACCAGCUCACCGGCUCGAUCCCGUCGAGGUUCGGAAGCUUCUUCCAGAGCAUGCGGAAAUUCAGUCUCGCCCAAAACAGCCUCUCUGGUAUGAUUCCACCUUCUCUCUACAACUGGUCGUCGUUGGAAUUCUUUGUGGUGGCGUUCAAUACGCUUCACGGAGGCCUCCCAAACAAUAUCGGAAGCAAGCUCCCCAAGCUGAAAGUUCUAAGCUUACCUUCUAACCAAUUCACUGGAGUCCUCCCUUCAUCACUAUCCAAUAUGUCUCAUCUCAUGUCGCUUAUUGCCUGGGGAAAUGGAUUUAGCGGGCAUGUGCCUCCCGCAUUAGGGAGGCUCGGAGUGCUUCAAUAUCUGCACGUGUCUGACAAUAGGCUCCAAGCUAAUGAUAGUAAGGGGUGGGAGUUCGUCGCUUCUUUGUCAAACUGCAGCCUGCUGCAGGUAUUGGUACUCAGCAACAAUUCUUUUGGGGGACAGCUACCGGGUUCAGUUGUGAACCUCACAACCACUCUCCAGCGGCUAUACUUGCAGGAUAAUAGGAUCUCUGGGAGCAUACCUGCAGAUAUCGGCAACUUGGUUGGUCUGAAAAUACUGGUGAUAGCAAACACUUACAUGUCCGGAGUGAUUCCAAAGAGCAUCGGCAAGCUACAGAACUUGAACGUGCUAUCAUUGUAUAAUAAUAGCUUGUCUGGCCUCAUACCGCCAUCGCUAGGAAACCUGUCACAGUUGAAUAAGCUUAAAGCAUACCUUGGCAACUUGGAGGGGCCAAUUCCGGCAAGCCUGGGGCAGCUGAAAAACCUCUUUGAACUGGAUUUCUCAAUGAACCGUCUUAACGGCUCAAUACCCAGAGAGAUCUUCAAAUUACCUGGCCUUUCUUACUAUCUGGACUUGUCAUACAACUCCCUUUCUGGACCCCUUUCUUAUGAAGUUGGUAGUUUGUCAAAUCUUAACCAUCUGGUUCUAUCAGGAAAUCAGUUGUCUGGCAAGAUACCUGACAGUAUACAGAAUUGCGUAGUGUUGGAAUGGCUAUUCUUAGACAACAAUUCGCUAGAGGGAAGCAUACCUCCGUCACUGGCAGAUAUAAAGGGGCUCCGUAUACUGAACCUGACCAUGAAUAAGUUCUCUGGUAAUAUUCCUGAGGCCCUUGGUAGCAUUGGCAACCUGCAGGGACUGUACCUAGCGCACAACAAUUUGUCAGGGUCAAUCCCAGUAGUUCUAGAGAAUUUGACAGCAUUAUCCAAACUGGAUGUAUCCUUCAAUAAUUUGCAAGGUGGGGUUCCAAAUGAAGGUGUUUUCAGAAACAUCACUUACUUAGCAGUGGCUGGGAAUGUCAACUUGUGUGGUGGUACACCUCAACUUCAUUUGGCUCCAUGCUCCAUAAGCAAGAACAAGAAAAAUGCGCCGAAGUCUCUUGUGAUUUCUUUAGCAACAACUGGAGCAAUCUUGUUCUCACUUUCAGUUAUUCUUCUUGCUUGGAUAUUUCGCAAGAAGCUCAAACCAAGCCACAAGACAUCAGCACAAAAUUCAGUUGAUGAUGACCAUUACAAGAGAAUUCCCUAUCAUGCAUUACUGAGAGGAACUAAUGGAUUUUCAGAAGUCAACUUGCUUGGGAGAGGAAGUUAUGGUGCGGUUUAUAAGUGUGUUCUGGACACUGAAGACAGAACAUUGGCUGUCAAGGUGUUUAACCUUGGUCAAUCUAGGUAUUCCAAGAGUUUUGAGGCUGAAUGUGAGGCCAUGAGAAGGAUACGACACCGUUGUCUCAUCAAGAUCGUUACUUCUUGUUCGAGUGUCAACCACCAAGGUCAAGAGUUCAAGGCAUUGGUUUUUGAGUUCAUGCCCAAUGGUAACUUGGAUAGUUGGCUUCAUCCAAAAUCUCAAGAGCCCACUACAAACAACACGCUUAGCCUUGCCCAGAGGCUUGGCAUUGCUGUCGAUAUUGUGGACGCAGUAGAAUAUCUGCACAACUACUGUCAGCCAUUGGUAAUCCAUUGCGAUCUUAAGCCAAGCAACAUUCUUCUUGCUGAAGACAUGAGCGCACGAGUUGGAGACUUUGGCAUAUCAAGGAUCCUUCAAGAAAAUACAAGUGAGGGGAUGCAAACUUCAUAUAGCUCAACUGGAAUUAGAGGUUCCAUAGGCUAUGUUGCUCCAGGUAACUUAAACUCUUCUAAUUUUAUAUUUUACUUUUCACUCGAUGGCAUGCUAGCCACAAAGUUUUGCAUAAUUGCAGAAUACGGAGAAGGCUCUACGGUCUCAACAACCGGUGAUAUUUAUAGCCUUGGCAUAUUGCUGCUUGAGAUGUUUACGGGAAGGAGCCCAACAGAAGGCACGUUUGGAGAUUCAUUGGAUCUGCAUAAGUUUGCCGACGAUGCUGUUCCAGAUAGAACUCUGGAAAUAGCUGACCCAACGAUGUGGCUCCACAGCGGACAACAAGAUGAAACUACAAGUACUAGAAUGCAGGAGUGUUUGGUUUCAGUCUUCAGACUUGGCAUAUCUUGCUCAAAGCAACAGCCCCGAGACCGAGCACUGACGAGAAAUGCAGCGGCGGAGAUACAUGCAAUCAGAGAUGCAUACCUCAAGUUUAUAGGGGAGCAAGGACCAGAAAGAGAAGCCUCAGCUGGAGAAAUACAGUACAGUGUUGCAUAA